AUGCCCGCACCUUGGUGGCCAAAGCAAGCCCUCAGCAUCGAAGGCGCAUCCUUUCAAAACCUUCAGAGAGAUGUCACUGAUUCAAUCGCUCGACAACUUAUCAAAGAGCUUCCUCCGAUCACAGAAACCUCCGUGGUCCACGACAACGGCUGCGGCUAUGGAGCAAUGACCAUAGCAAUCAUGGAAGCCAACCCGCCAGUCGGCCUCCAGAUCUACGCCACCGAUUUCAAUUUCAGGUUCCUUUCACAGCUGAACGCCAAGCUUACACAAAACCCGACAUGGCCGGUCAAGGUCAAGACGAUGGAUGCUCAAAAGCUCGCCUUUGCGGACAACACUUUCGAUAUCUCCAUCACCAACUUCGUCUUCGCAGGAUUGCUCGAUGACGUUGGUGCGGCCUCGCACAUUCUACGAACCCUAAAGCCAGGUGGAACUGGCGUCAUAGCUGUCUGGAAAGACAUGCCCUGGCACGUCGCACUCGAGAACGCUCACCACAAGACUCGUGGUGCAGACAAGCCUAUGGCACCUUUUCUCAGAGAUAGCCAGUACAAAAAGGAGAAGAUCGAGCAGGUCACUAAGAAAGCCGGUUUGAAGGAUGUCAAGUUCAUUGAGUUGAAUGCUUAUCUCAAUUUCGGCACUGAUAUGAAGCGAUGGGCACACCUGAGAUCAAUCAAGCUAGCUUGA